AUGAGGUGCUUUUCGACAAUAAGACCUGCUCGAUGGCUAGAAGUUACUAAAGGGGCACAGGAUGAAGCCUACGACCUGAGUUUGCGUUAUGAUGUCGACCGGUCGCUUCCGGUCACCAGAUACACAACAAUUCCCUUAAAUCUAAUCAGCAAGAAGGGUGGACACCGUAAUGUCAGCUUUGUGGAAAUGGCUGAAAUCGACGAUGACGACUGGAACUUUCCAAUCAAUCCGGACGCAUUUCGUUUGUAUCCACAGGGUCUUUCAUUGCCCGACGUCAUCCAGAAAUACAGGCAGACCGGCUUGGUUCCAGAGGUUCCGAUAAACAACCCCAAUUUAAAGAUACGCCAUGUCAGCUCUUCGAUUUGCCCACCUGAAGUACAAAACGGAGAUAACUACGACCUCGUGGUACUUGUGAAAUCGGCCGUGUACAACUUUGAGGAUAGGCAAAAGUUUCGCAAACUCUAUGCGCACCUGAGGAAUGACAGCGUCAAGUAUCCGUAUCGUGUCGGAAUAGUGUUCUUUAUGGGCUUGCCCUCAAGCGCUCGUGAAAACGUUUUCGAACGCGACGGGUUCAAAAUCACGCUGGACGGUCGGGCCGGAUACGCUCUCGUCAACCUUACUAGUCGACGUGCCGAGAUUCUGACUCGGUUGGAGGAGGAAGUGCGCCAGUAUGAUGAUCUAGUCGUGGGCGAUUUCGAGGACACCUACUUUAAUCUCUCUCUGAAGAUGCAUCUCACAUUCCUCUGGGCAGCCCGCUACUGUUGCCGGCGUCCCGGCUUCAUGUUCCUCGACGACGACAUGGCAUUCAAUGAGAAGCGCCUUUACACUGUGCUGGCUAAUCUACCAUUUGAGUGGCGACGCACAGUUGCUAUUGCGAGAACUCGUCGAACAAGUCGUACAAUGCGUCCUAGCGAAUCUUCCGGUGACCGGAAGUGGGCACUCACGAAACAGGAAGUUCCAUGGCCAGUGCAUGCACCCUACGCUAAUGGUUACUUCUACAUGCUUGGCUACGACCAUGUGGCAGAUCUGGCUUUGGCCAUGUUCUUCACUAAGCCCAUUCUCAUUGAUGAUGUCUGGUUGGGCCUAGUGAUGCACAAGCUUGGUCUCCAGUUUCAAUUACCGGAUUGGAUAAAUUACACUUUGCACCAUCAAACCGAUGUGACCAAAUUUAUUGCAUUGCCCCUUAAAUCACUGCUCAGUUCUUCUGCAUAA